UCUUUGGGCUCCAAACACAGGACAACAAACAUAAUUAUUUUCUGUCCAUAGUUUUUUAACAUGAUUUAUUUCAGAACCACGGUUUUAUGAAGGCGAGAGUCUAGCCACUGGGAGGAGCAAGAAAGGCAAUAGAGUGAGCGAGAAGUAAAGCAAUGAUCUCAUGGAACAUAUGGAAAAACAGAGUUUUGGGGGUCUCUUGACCACCAAACACCACCCCAAAAAUAGCACGGGCCGCUGCCCUCCUAGAAUCCACCCCUGUCGCCGCUAUAACUCCAAAACGGAAUGGCAGACUCAGCUUUACCAACUUUAGGAUAUAGGUCCAGCAGAACCUGUUUUUGCUUGCCUUUUACCAGCACAGCAUCAUCCCCCUGAAAAAGCAGGCUCCAGCUCCUCCCGAAUUUCGGUUUCCAGAUUCACUUCCGUUUCCUGCACAGACAUGAACGGGCUCAGAAAAUUGAAGCGCGGGAUCAGCAGCAAGCGAGGCGACCCCAUCGUCGCCCAACAUGGUAAGAGAUUUGUUGGUUUCGAUUCUGAUUUUUGUCAGGAUUCCAUCUUGCCCCAAGUACAUGUUCCCGAUUCCACAAGGUGUUGCAUGGCUUCAUCAAUGUUUUGCCACUCUCUUACCUGCAAAGAUGUUUGAACGCUCACCCUGUUGAGAAUAGAAAAUUGCCCAUAGCUUAACCUUGGGUGACCGUUGGUUUGCAGGCCAAACUCCAUAUGAUGAAUGGGAGGAGCAACAACGAUAUUCGCCUUCACCAUUGGUGAGCUCAUCACCACGGACGCCGCUGGUGAGCCCCUCACCACGGACACCGCUGGUGAGCGCUUCACCACGGACGCCACUGGUAAGCCCUUCACUGAGGGCCCUACAGGUGAGUCCUUCACCGCGGGCGCCACCGGUGAGCCCCACGGGGUCGCCAAAGACCCCAGGAGGGAGCCAGAAGAAGCCAGUGCUGGGCAAGGUAAAGAGCAAGGCUAAAAAAUGGAUGCAUCUGCUGCAUCACAAAAAGAAGCAUUCCUCGCACGAUGAGAUGAUAAUGUGGACACCACGUAUCGGGCCCAGCUCAGAUGACGGCUACGGCAGGGGGGGACAAUACGAUGAGCGCCUUGGAACCCCAAGCACGGCACUACAUCCACAUUCAUUUGCUGAGCCAGAGUACGAAUCUGAGGUCUACGUGGAAGCAUCAUCAAGGCAGAACACGCCAGCCCCGAGCCCCACUGCUUGCCAGGAACAACCAUUCUUCAAGGUCAGCAGCAGGUUCGAGUCAGAAAUGAAGGAAGCCAAUGAAAUGCUGAUGGAAUCGAAGAAGCUGCGGGUCAAAACAUCCAAGCAGAAGACUGUGACAUUUGCACCGAUACUAGAAUGCGGGCCAGAAAUCAAAAAUAAAGGCUGGAGCGACAAGGAAUGCCCUGAAGCGACAACCGAAAUAUUCAGAAAGGCAUAUGCUACAGUAUACCAGGCUGCCCUCAAGAUGGUCUCUAUAAUCCAAGAUACAAUGGUAGCAUACAAUAUAGACAAAAGGCACAUGGUAGAGAAAUUAGUAUCAGUUAAUAGAUACCUUCUGUUCAAGCUGGAGCCUAGUCCAGAUGACGAAGCACUUGCGGAAGUCAUCACUGAGGCUGUCCUAAAUCUGUUAGACGCCUGGAGUGAGAAUGUUGAAAGGCCUUUGAUGCAGAAGGCAAAGAAAAUUUCUUCUUGGUUCCUGCAAGAAGGGAGAGAAAAAUUACCUCCGGUUCCGCUGUCUACACAUCCUUGUGCUGCCGAAGAUGCAGAAGAGUUCUACUAAUCAGAGGGUUAACUACUGCUUGAAGCAAGAGAUGAACACAGUGACACGGCAUCAGUAGAGAGUUAUUCACCUUACAGUAUAUAGAUGCUGGAGGCGAGGACAAAGAGCAUGCCCCGAGUAUACUUUGUUCGUAGAAUCGGCAGUACAAACAUCUUCUGUGUUGCAAAAUGAAACCAAAGGAGGUUUCUUUACCUUUGUACAGGAGAGUAAAGUAAAUGACUACAAUGUUGAUCAA